GCGGCGGCCGCGGGGGGCCGAGCCGCCCGGAAGCGCCCUGGACCCAGCGAGCGCAACUGGUGGCCGCCGGGGCCGGAGCCGGUGGGAACCAGGGACAGCAUGGACAAGCUGAAGAAGGUGCUGAGCGGACAGGACACCGAGGACCGGAGCGGCCUGUCUGAGGUUGUUGAGGCAUCUUCAUUAAGCUGGGGGACCAGAAUAAAGGGCUUCAUUGCAUGUUUUGCUGUGGGAAUUCUCUUCUCCCUGCUGGGUACCCUUCUGCUGUGGGUGCCCAGGAAAGGGCUCCUCCUCUUCGCAGUGUUUUACACAUUUGGUAACAUCGCAUCAAUUGGGAGCACCGUCUUCCUCAUGGGACCUUUGAAACAGCUGAAGCGUAUGUUUGAGCCUACACGUCUCAUUGCAACUAUUCUGGUGCUGGUGUGUUUUGUACUAACACUGUGUUCUGCCUUUUGGUGGGGCAAUAAGGGACUUGCACUCAUCUUCUGCAUUUUGCAGUCUUUGGCCUUGACGUGGUAUAGCCUAUCCUUCAUUCCAUUUGCAAGGGAUGCUGUGAAGAAGUGUUUUGCUGUGUGUCUUGCAUAGUGCACUGCCAGUGUGCAAACCUUUGGAAGGCCCUGUGGAUGGAAAUUGAUGGACAGUUUUGUAAAUAUCCUCUAAACCUCUGUCUUACAGAUACGUGCCUUUUAUCUUACAGCAGUGUGUUGCUUGCAAUUUGAACAUUUGAGGAUUGUCUUUGGAAGCAACUCUGCUACCAAACCCCAAUGUCUGUAGCACAAUAUGCGAUGUGUAUGUCAUGGAGUUGGGAAUCUUCCUCCUUGGAUGGUGUCCCAUUGGAGUCUCGGAAAUAAACACUUUGUGAUAUAGCAGCACAGAAGCCUCGGGAGCUGAGUCCCAGGUGGCAGCAGGCAACCCCAUUAACGAUUACCCAGUACAACAGUUAAGGGACAGACAUUUGGGGUCAUCGGGAACUUUGAGACUUGUCGCUUACCAUGGAGACCAUCACCACUGCCCCACACAGCGUGGACCUGCUUCUACCUUGGGGGUCUACAAAUAGAUGAUUCUGCCUCAUCUAAGUCUGUGCUGAGCCUGGCCGUGGAGUGAAGUCAAAAAUAAGCACCUCUCAGUGAUAGGUUGUUUCUUAAUCCAGAUGUGCACCCUCCAUUUGUUCUGAAUCAUGCCUGACUAUAGGAUGUCCUUUUUUUUUUUUUUUAGCAUUCUGGUUCAGUCUUUCUCUUCUGGGUGCAACCUC